AUGACUGGAGGCGGCAAGUCCGGCGGCAAGGCCAGCGGUUCCAAGAACGCGCAAUCCCGAUCUUCCAAGGCUGGUCUGGCAUUCCCUGUCGGCCGUGUCCACCGUCUGCUCCGCAAGGGCAACUACGCUCAGCGUGUCGGUGCCGGCGCUCCCGUCUACCUGGCCGCUGUCCUGGAGUACCUCGCUGCCGAGAUUCUCGAGCUUGCUGGCAACGCUGCUCGUGACAACAAGAAGACCCGUAUCAUCCCCCGUCAUCUCCAGCUCGCCAUCCGAAAUGACGAGGAGUUGAACAAGCUUCUGGGUCACGUCACCAUCGCCCAGGGUGGUGUCCUCCCCAACAUUCACCAGAACCUUCUGCCCAAGAAGACCGGCAAGACUGGCAAGAACGCGAGCCAGGAGCUGUAA